AUGUUCCUGAACGACCUGGAGAUCUCGUUGAGGUCGCCGGGGGCGUCGACGUCCCAGCUCCUGAUGGAUCGAGUGUCUGGGAGCAAUGUGUCGCCGUCCGGGUCCGGCGCGAACAUCGACAUUCUGCUCACGGACAGUGCAACCACGUCGGUGUCGAACCUCAACAGCAACACGGGGCCCUUCGCGCCGAGCCCGGGGUCGCUGUCGGCGUUCGAGGGGACGUCAGCGGUGGGGACGUGGGAGGUCGUGAUCGCGGAUGAAGCGCAGGGAGACUCGGGGGAGCUGCUUGGGCUGGAUCUUAUCUUGACAUGCGAGGAAGGAGGAGCCGCGACGAUUUUUUCCACGACUUCUCGGGUCGAGAUCUCGUUCGAAGAGCCCGUGGACUCGAGGGAUCUCGACAUCAUCAAGGCCGAGAUUGCGGACAUGAUGGGGCUGCAGUGGCCAUCUCCGAACCUCGACAUUGUGUUCUCUUUGAGAGCGACUCGUGCGAUGAGGAAGCUCCUGCAACGGUCCACGUACAUCGUGACCGUCGUCCAUCGGUCCCAGGACCAGGCUCUCGUCGCCGCGGCCUCCCAGGUCUUCGCGAGUGCCGUGCGCGAUGGCACGAUGAUCUCCAGACUGCGAGCGAGUUCGCCGAUCCCCGUCCUCGCGGUCGUGUCCGCGCCUGAGGUUACACAGUCUCCACAGACGGGGGACCGCGCACCGGCGCAGACGGAGGACUCGUAUUAUUAUACGAGUCCUGGAAAUUAUGAUGACGACGAUUCCCCUGCUGGCGACAUCGGUGCGGCAGUUGGUGGAACAUUCGGAGGGAUUGUGUGUUGCGUGGCUGCUGUGGUUUUGGCGAUUAUGCUCAAAAAGAGAGGGUCUGGCACGGCGUCAAAUGGCAGAGUGUCUGCCUAUGUCGCAUCCGAACCGUCUGAGCGAUCGCAGCACGGGUGGGUUCCCUCCGCCCCACCCGCUCCGCCGUCUGAGCGAUCGCAGCAAGACUGGCUCCCCUCCGCCCCGCCCAUUCCACCGCCGAGUCCUUCAAGGGUGAGCAGCGAGAUUCUCCUCAGCGGUGUGCAUUGGACGACACCACGUGAAAAUGCGAGCGAAACGGGUGCGAGGACGACAGGAGAGCGUCCUCUACGCGACUCCGUGGCACGGGCUGAGGGCUCCGGCGUCAGGAUAUGCUCGAUCUGUUUGGAGUGCCCGGACGAGCGGGUGAUGUUCCUGCCAUGCCAGCACCACAUCUGCACAGGAUGCUCGGAGGAGUUCUUCGCGAGCACAAAUGCGCCGCGCUGCCCCGAGUGUCGCCAAGAAAUAAGAGAGCGCAUCACCACCGCGGUGAGGUGA